GAAGUGGGAUUGAAAAGAAAGAUUAGCUUCGAAAUUAUUAACGCGACAAAUUUCAUUCGAGGAGUUUCGCUUCGUAUAAGUUAUAUACCAGGGCACAAACCCCUUCGUGCAUUGGGAAGAAAAGAUCAGAGCAGCUUACAAAUUAUAUUCAACAGAGAGUUUUGAUUCCAUGUUCAACGUGUAUACCGGGACGAAAGGAUCAAAGACCCCCACAGGUUAUGAACAAUAGCAGCAUCCAUGGUUUAAACAAGUUUCAAUUUGAAAAAGUCCACCAUAAUUGUGUGAGAAAAUUGCUCUAUCACGUGUGUAUCUUCUUCGAUUGAGACGAUCAAUAGUGCCACAAACAAGAGCUGAUCGAUCGAGUCUCUGGGCGUCUGGCAAUUAUACAUAUACAUGGCGGACAAAAAGCAGCUCAUAUUGGUGGUUGAAGGUACCGCCGCUCUAGGUCCUUACUGGCGCACUAUAGUCUCCGAUUACCUCGAAAAAGUUAUCAGGUCCUUCUGUGAUAGCGAGUCUUUGAAACCUUCAGGGACUAUUGCUGAGCUGGCACUUAUAAUAUUCAAUGCUCACGGAUCUUUUAGCUCUUGCUUAGUACAAAGGAGUGGGUGGACAAGAAAUGUUGAUUACUUCUUUGAAUGGCUAUCAGCCAUUCACUUCACUGGUGGUGGUUUUUGUGAUGCUGCAAUUGCAGAAGGACUUGGUGAAGCUUUAAUGAUGUUUCCUCCCCAAAGUAUGUCCCAAAAUCAACACAAUUUAGGUGUUCAAAGACAUUGCAUACUUGUGGCUGCAAGUAAUCCUUAUCCACUUCCAACACCAGUUUAUCGACCCCCAAUGCAAAAAAUAGAACCAACUGAUAACAAUGAAGCACAAUCAGAAAGUCGUUUAUCAGAUGCUGAAACUAUAGCUAAAGCAUUUGCUCAGUGUUCCGUUUCUUUAUCAGUUAUAUGCCCUAAACAGCUACCGAAACUCAAAGCAGUCUAUAAUGCGGGAAAAAGGAACCCUUCAGCAGCUGAUCCUACAAUUGAUAUUGUGAAAAAUCCACAUUAUCUUGUACUCAUUUCAGAAACAUUCAUGGAGGCUCGUGCUGCUUUAAGUCGAUCAGGAAUUACAAAUUUGCCCUCUCAAACUCCUAUAAAAGUAGAUGCAUCUUCAAUUCCUCCAGUUUCAGCCCCCCCUCCAUCUUCAGUUCCACCAGCAAAUGGGACUAUGAUGAAUCGACAACCAGUUCCUGUAGGAAACAUUCCUCCUGCAACCGUGAAAGUGGAGCCAACAACGGUUACUUCAGUGCCACCUGUACCUGUACCUAUACCUGCACCAUCAUUCCAACACGUGCCACCUGUCCCACGUCCUACACCACCCAUGCAAAUGUCAUCACCAUUAUCUGUUUCACAAGAAAUGUUAUCAAGUAAUGAUGGAAUCCAAGAUAUGAAGCCAAUUGUGAGUAAUAUACAGCCACCUAUGCGUCCAGCUGUCACUGUAAAUCAUAACAUUCUCAACAACCUAUCACAAGCAAGAAUCAUCAACCAAGCAGCCAUUGCUGGAGGAACAUCCAUGGGAAUACCAAAUCCCAUGGCUGUGCAUAUGUCCAACAUGAUAUCAAGCGGAAUGGCAUCCACAAUUCCGGUUGCCCAAACCGUAAUCUCAUCUGGGCAAUCAGUGAUUCCAUCAAUGGCAAUGUCAACUACAUCAACUGUCCCUGGUUCUUUUGCUUCGGCUACAUCGAAUAUUUCACAACCGAUUCAAGGAAGCGUUGGAAUGGGUAAUUCCGUUCCUGGGAUGAGUCAAGGGAGCAUUCCGGGGUCGCAAAUGGUGCAGAGUGGAAUGGGAAUGAGUCAGAAUAAUAUGAUGAGUGGUGUGGUAGGUGUAGGUCAAACAGGUAGUGGAACCGGAACUGGAACCGGAACCAUGACUGGAAUGGGAUCAAUGAUGCCAACUCCGGUGAUGACUCAGCAACAAGUACAAGGAAUGCAAUCUGGUGGUGUGAAUAAUAAUAAUAAUAAUACAGCAGCUAAUGUUGGUCUCACACAGCAAUCAACAGGUGCAUUGCAAUCAGCACAGUCAAAAUAUGUCAAAGUCUGGGAGGGGAAUUUAUCGGGUCAGAGACAAGGUCAGCCUGUAUUUAUUACAAGAUUAGAAGGGUACCGGAGUGCAUCGGCUUCUGAAUCACUUGCAGCAAAUUGGCCACCAACAAUGCAAAUAGUGCGACUUAUAUCUCAAGAUCACAUGAACAACAAGCAAUACGUGGGAAAAGCAGAUUUUCUAGUUUUUCGGGCAAUGAAUCAACAUGGAUUCCUUGGUCAACUGCAAGAAAAGAAGCUUUGUGCAGUGAUUCAGUUGCCUUCACAAACACUUCUACUCUCUGUUUCUGAUAAAGCAUGUAGACUAAUUGGAAUGCUUUUCCCUGGGGACAUGGUGGUGUUUAAGCCACAGAUAUCCGGUCAGCAACCACAACCGCAACAGCUUCAAGCACAACAGCACCCGCAAAUGCAACAACAGCAACAGCAGAUGCAGCAGCAGCACUUACAGCAGAUUCCGCCACAGGGGCAGCAACAGCAGCAGGCGGCACCACCACAGCAGCAGCAGAUGGUGGGGACAGGGAUGAAUCAAGGGUAUGUUCAAGGUCCUGGAGGGAGGACACAAAUGGUGGUGUCUCAGGGACAGGUGUCAUCUCAAGGGCCACAAAGCAUGUCCAGUGGGAGCUUUAUUAACUAACUCAUAUAUAAAUAUAUAAAUAAAUUUCAUCCUAAUUACCACAUCUAUGUUUAUGUUUGUGUUUGUAUUUUUGUCCCAUACUCCCACUGUUUAAUUUGAACCUAUUAUUAGAUUUGUUUAUGAAAAUAAGACUCCUAUUAAAUCUAGAUCCUUGGA